AUGCUGGGAAAAAAGGCCUUGGAGGGCAUUGCCGCGUACAAGUACAAAGCGGGGUCGUACACGUACUUGGAUAAUGUGCUAAAUCACUUUUGGACCUACUCGGUUCAAUUUUUACCAUUUUGGAUGGCGCCCAAUCUAGUCACGAUGAUAGGCGCGGGUGUUAUGAUGUUCACGACAGUGGUGCAACUCUACUACGCGCCGCAUUUCUCCGAGAUUUGUCCCACUUGGGUCUACAUCUUAUCAGCUUUGGGGCUAUUCUUUUACCAGACGAUGGACGCGCUGGAUGGCAAACAAGCGCGUCGCACGGGCGCGUCGUCCCCGCUGGGACAACUUUUUGAUCAUGGUUGUGACGCCUUGUGUACGAUCUUUAAUGUCCUGAGUGCUGCUGCCACGUGUCAAGCCGGUGCUGGCUUGCGUGCGUACGUUGCGUUGUCGUCCGUAUCCAUCACAUUCUAUCUGGCACAAUGGGAGGAGUACCACACGGGCGUGAUGAGCUGUGGUAAUGGUUUCUUUGGCGUUACAGAAGGGCAGUUAACGUUGGUGGCAGUCCACUUGACUGCGGCGUUCUUUGGAGCCGGCUUUUGGACAACGGAGCUGGCAGUAUUCUCCGUGACCAUGACGGACGUACUGAUUAGUUCACUCGUCGCAAGCAACGUCUUACUAGCGUACGGCAAUAUCUUUAAUGUGUUGCGGGCGGCUCCAGACGCAAUUCCAUCUGAUGAACUGGGCAACAAGCACAUAUCAAAACCGAUUGCUCUCGUCCAGUUGAUCCCAAUUGGUAUUCUUUUGGCUUUGGGCUCCCUCUGGAUUUGUGGUCCUGACGCGGAGAACUACGAACACUACCCUGUCUUGUUCUUGUUCCCUAUUGGCAUCGGCUACGUGUAUUUCUCGACCCGAAUGAUCAUGAGCCACAUGUGCAAGAUCCCGUUCACUCCUCAGCUGCGUGUAAUUAUCCCGUUCGGCUUUGUUAUCUUCAACGCCUACGUGCGAAUCUUCUCAAAGCCGGUUAUCCCGACCAUUGUGGCUUCAUCACUGUAUGUGGUAUUCAUCGUGCUCGUUUACCUGCACUUCGUCAUUGGUGUGGUCAAGGAUAUUUGCAACUUUCUCAAUAUCUUCCUUUUUAAGAUCAAGCCGGUGGUAACGAGCAACAAAAAAGUAGACUAA